AGGAGGAGGAGGAGGACGUUCGGCCUGCGCAGUGAGAUGUUUGUCCGUCGCCGCCGCCGCCGCCAUCGCGGAGGAGCGCGAUAAAGGGAGCCGAGCCGGGCGUGAGGGGCACCCCGUGGAGCCGCCGCGCCAGCGCAGCCCCCCAGCCAAGCCCGAGACGCCGGAACCCGAGCCGCCGCCGCCACCGCCGCGGCCGCCCAGGGGCCGGCCAGCUCCCCAGCCCAGCCCGUGGGCCGCGCCGCCGCCCCCAGCGUCGCCCCUCGCCUGCCCGCCCGCCUUAAAUGUGACACCGGCGCCUCGGAGUGCGACCCGAAGCCGCCGCCGGGGAGGGGACGAGCACCAUGUCGAAUCUGAGCAAAGGCACGGGCAGCCGGAAGGACACCAAGAUGCGGAUCCGGGCCUUUCCGAUGACCAUGGAUGAAAAAUAUGUAAACAGCAUUUGGGACCUUCUGAAAAAUGCAAUUCAAGAAAUCCAGCGUAAGAAUAACAGUGGUCUUAGUUUUGAGGAGCUCUAUAGAAAUGCAUAUACAAUGGUUUUGCAUAAACAUGGAGAAAAGCUCUACACUGGACUAAGAGAAGUUGUUACCGAACAUCUCAUAAAUAAGGUGCGAGAAGAUGUACUAAAUUCAUUGAAUAACAACUUUCUUCAAACACUAAAUCAAGCUUGGAACGAUCAUCAGACAGCUAUGGUGAUGAUUAGAGACAUACUAAUGUAUAUGGACCGUGUGUACGUACAACAAAAUAAUGUGGAGAAUGUGUACAAUUUGGGAUUAAUUAUUUUUCGAGAUCAAGUUGUACGUUACGGGUGUAUUAGGGAUCACCUACGACAAACGCUGUUGGAUAUGAUUGCCAGAGAGCGGAAAGGAGAAGUUGUAGACCGAGGCGCAAUAAGAAAUGCUUGCCAGAUGUUAAUGAUUUUAGGUCUCGAAGGACGAUCAGUCUAUGAAGAAGAUUUUGAGGCUCCUUUUUUGGAAAUGUCUGCAGAGUUUUUUCAGAUGGAAAGCCAGAAAUUUUUAGCAGAAAACAGUGCUUCAGUAUAUAUAAAGAAAGUAGAAGCUAGAAUUAAUGAAGAAAUAGAACGAGUGAUGCACUGCCUUGACAAAUCAACUGAAGAGCCAAUUGUAAAGGUGGUUGAGAGGGAACUCAUUUCCAAGCACAUGAAAACUAUAGUAGAAAUGGAGAAUUCGGGGCUAGUACAUAUGUUGAAAAACGGAAAGACAGAAGACCUUGCUUGCAUGUACAAGUUAUUUAGUCGUGUGCCAAAUGGUUUGAAAACAAUGUGUGAGUGUAUGAGUUCCUACUUGAGGGAACAAGGUAAAGCCCUUGUUUCUGAGGAAGGAGAAGGAAAGAAUCCCGUUGACUAUAUCCAGGGCUUAUUGGAUCUGAAGAGUAGGUUUGAUCGCUUCCUCCAGGAAUCGUUUAAUAACGACCGGCUCUUUAAACAAACUAUUGCGGGUGACUUUGAGUAUUUUCUCAACCUCAACUCCAGGUCCCCUGAAUACCUCUCAUUAUUUAUUGAUGAUAAGCUGAAAAAGGGAGUCAAAGGGCUAACAGAACAAGAAGUAGAAACAAUAUUGGAUAAGGCAAUGGUCCUUUUUAGGUUUAUGCAAGAAAAAGAUGUAUUUGAACGUUACUAUAAACAACACUUGGCAAGGAGACUUCUCACAAAUAAAAGUGUUUCUGAUGACUCUGAAAAAAAUAUGAUUUCUAAGUUAAAGACUGAAUGUGGAUGUCAAUUCACAUCAAAACUGGAAGGAAUGUUUAGGGAUAUGAGCAUCUCAAACACAACUAUGGAUGAGUUCAGGCAACAUCUACAGGCCACUGGGGUAUCUUUAGGUGGUGUUGAUCUCACAGUUCGGGUGCUCACAACAGGUUAUUGGCCCACUCAGUCAGCCACACCAAAGUGCAACAUCCCACCAGCACCAAGACAUGCUUUUGAGAUAUUCAGAAGGUUUUACUUAGCCAAACACAGUGGUCGACAGCUCACACUCCAACAUCAUAUGGGUUCUGCAGAUCUCAAUGCCACCUUUUAUGGACCAGUUAAAAAGGAAGAUGGAUCUGAAGUUGGUGUUGGAGGGGCACAAGUAACUGGCUCUAAUACGCGGAAGCAUAUAUUGCAAGUCUCCACUUUCCAGAUGACCAUAUUAAUGCUCUUCAAUAAUAGAGAAAAAUACACAUUUGAGGAAAUCCAACAAGAGACAGAUAUCCCUGAAAGAGAACUUGUUAGAGCCCUGCAGUCCCUCGCCUGUGGUAAACCAACACAGCGGGUUCUCACAAAGGAACCCAAGUCAAAGGAAAUAGAAAAUGGUCACAUAUUUACAGUUAAUGAUCAGUUCACAUCCAAACUACACAGAGUCAAGAUUCAAACAGUUGCUGCCAAACAAGGUGAAUCUGACCCAGAAAGGAAAGAAACAAGGCAGAAAGUAGAUGACGACAGAAAACAUGAGAUAGAAGCUGCUAUAGUGCGGAUAAUGAAAUCUAGGAAGAAGAUGCAGCACAAUGUGUUAGUAGCAGAGGUAACUCAGCAGUUGAAGGCUCGAUUCUUACCAAGUCCAGUUGUUAUUAAAAAACGUAUCGAAGGACUCAUUGAGAGAGAAUAUUUGGCACGAACACCUGAGGAUCGCAAAGUAUACACAUAUGUAGCAUAAAAUGCAUUCAGAAACUUGAUUUAUUAUUGGACUGUACUCUUCGCAUGGACUGGGAAGUUCUUUUAAAUCAUUAAAUAUUAAGACGACCAUCUCUUCUAUUAAAUUACAGUACAUGUUUUAGACCAUUCAGAUCAAGCCUUUACUCCCUUUGAGAGUUUUCAACAUCAGUUGAUUGAGCUUCAGGCUUUACAACGUUUAUCCCUGUAGAGAUCAUCUUUACAGUUCCUCGGGAAAAUGUGAAUGUGCCGCGUUUUGUUUUCAAUACUGUAUGAAAACAGGAAAAAAUAAAACAAAAUUUAGAAAAUACAGCUCAUUAAAAUAAAAUUGUUGGAUUUCAUUUC